AAUUAAGGAUAUCUGCAAUAUAUAUUUCCAGCCUAGCAAUUAAAUGUUAAAACGGCUUGCCAUAGGACGCGGAGCCUCCAAGCAUUCCUAUGAGACAGCGCUGAGCAGGUUUUCUUCACGCAGCAAAGCGAGACGGUCAUUGGAUAAAUGCGACAAAAUCAUCACUUCCAGGGAGGCUCAGCUUCCCUGGGACCUAAAGGAGCGGUAGGUGGGAGAGGACGCUCGGUGUAUGCAUGAUGAUUGGAGGAAAUGUCUAGAAGGCUGAACCCCAUUGUAACAGACAGCGCUUUGGAAAGUUCCUUAUUUCCAUAAGCCAUAUAGCUCAUUUUCACCGUUUGUACACAGUUCAGGUGUUAAACCCAUGUGAAAAUCUGUGAGGUGUGUUUUGCUGUGGUUCUGUGGCAUGAAUGUGGUUGAAAAACGGCUUUCCACUGAUUGUCACACACCUGAGUGUGUGAAAUUUGUUGUCUGCAUUUGACCCAUCCCCUGAGGGAGCGGUGAGCAGCAGCGGUGCCGCGCUCGGGAAUCAUGUGGUGAUCUAACCUCUGAAUUCCAACCCGUGAUGUUGAGUAGGAGGUAAAACAAUGGCAAUAGCAAUAGCAAUAGCCUUUGGUAUGACCCAGCCAGGGAUUGAACCCACAACCUUCCACAGUCAGAGCAGACACUCUACCACUAAGCCACUGAGCUAGUGUAACAUAACUCCUAUAUGCCUGUUACUGGACUGCCCGGAGAUCAAGUUGUUUCAGAUCACAUGACCCAAAGGAAACCGAAAGGAUGUUCAUUCAAAGCUGUGUGGCCUGAGACAAUGCGCAUCAGUAUCACACCAAACCGGCAUCAACAACCACACCCAGAGGAGCAUUCAUUGAGGUAAACCAUCACCACUUCUUUUCCUCGGGCAGAACAGCUGAGCCAUGGGAAAUGGACAUGAUAAAUAUGAACCCCGCCCACCUUCUCUCACUUUUGAUGAACCAUGGAGGAACAUACCAUGGGGUGACAAAGACAGAGACCUGCAGGUUGUGAAGGAUUAUCAGCCUCAUAACGAUGAGGUCCAACAGCUCAGAAUUCUGCUUUAUGGACCCUCUGGUUCUGGCAAGUCCAGCUUCAUCAACUCUGUUGACAGUGUUUCACAAGGCAGAAUCACUGGUCGGGCUUUGGCAGAUGCAGUCUCUAACGACAGCUUCACCCUAAAAUACCAAAGUUACAAAAUCCAAAAAGGAGGACCAGGGACAUUUUACCCUUUUGUCUUCACUGACAUCAUGGGCCUUGACAGGGAAACCAAUAAAGGAGUUUCUGUGGAAGACAUCAAACUGGCCAUGAUGGGACACAUUAAAGAUGGAUACACUUUCAAUCCUCUCUCUAAAAUAACGGAGGAUGAUAAUUACUACAACAGAGACCCCACUCUGAAGGACCAAGUUCAUGUUCUGGUUUGUGCGGUUUCUGCUGAGACAUUGAACAUCCUGAGUGAUGAACAUGUGGUAAAGAUGAGGGAAGUCAGACUGGCAGCCAGAGACAUGGGAAUUCCUGAAGUGGCUAUUCUCACUAAGAUUGAUCAAGCCUGUCCAGAGGUCAAAAAAGACAUAAAGAAUGUGUAUAAGAGCAAGUACCUGAAGAAUAAGGUGGAGGACCUGAGUGUGGCGCUGGGUACUCCACUGUACUCCAUCUUUCCUGUGAAGAACUACCACUCAGAGAUCGACACAGACGAUGACACUGAUACACUGAUACUGAGCGCACUGAGACGCAUCAUUAACUUAGGAGAAGACUUUGUCAACGACCAGUAGACCUCCAUACUGCUGACAAAUCUUACUUUACAGACAGACGUCACCUAAUCACAGCGAGAAAAAAGUCAGUCUGCAACAUAAAAUGCAUGCAUGUAAUACAAUAUCAGGCAUUUAAAAAUAAGUUAAAAACAGGUAAUGUGCUAGCCAGCCUAAUCCCCUCAGGCAGAGAAUUCCAGAGCUUCGGGGCCUUGAUGGCAAAGGCCCGGUCACCUUUAGUUACCAACCGCAAUCUAGGGACGACUAGUUAGGGCAGGCUCGAGGACCUCAGGUCACGACUUGGAGCAUAGGUAGUCAGAAGCUCAGCUGUAUAACUCAGCACUCAUGCUGAGCUUUAAAAGUUAAUAAAAUGAUCUUAAAAUCAGUUCUGAAGUUAACAGGCGUUAACGUUGGGGUGAUAUGUGACGUAUGAUUUGUCCUAGUUAAAAUACGAGCUGCAGCGUUCUGCACUAGUUGAAGCCGAGCUACUGAAGAUUUCCUGAGGCAUGUAAACAGUGAGUUCCAGUAGUCGCGAGAAAAUACAAAAGCAUGAAUACGCUUUUGUAGGUCAGGAAAAGACAGUUGAUUUUGAUGAUAUUUCGUAGGUGAAAGUGGCAGGAUUCAAUGAGAUUAUUGACAUGUGGUUCAAAGUUCAGUUGAGAAUGAAAAGUGUAGCCUAAAUCUCUUGCCGUAGAUUUUAUAUUAGUUGCCAGAGCACAAAUAAAGAGUUGUAAUAUCCUUGGUGAUUGAAGCCAAAGAUUCUUACUUCUGUCCAUUAAAGUGCUCAGACAGCUGACAUUAUCUGGCUUAAAGGACAGCUAGCACAACCUAAUACAUAUAGUCUCUGCUAUUGGUCAGUCUUACCUUGCUGAAUAAAGUAUUACUAAGCUGUGUCAUACUCACUAUGCAUUUCAGUUUUUGCAUCAUCUAUGCUAGUAUGUUUUGUUUUUGUAGUUGGUCAUUUUUGGUGUUGUAGUCUCUCAGUAAUGAUGAAUCCAGUGAUUAGCAGAUCAGAGAACAUGUGUAGGUUAAA